UUGGUGAGCCUAUCCCAACCCGAUGGAGCCGAAAUUAAAGUUUCAACGAGCCGGGAACGAGCAACGAAUCCAUUGGUGUGGUGUGCCGCCAUCAUCUGCACCGUCUUGACCGUAGCGGUCAUUAUUGCAGGCAUUGUCACCUUCAUAGGAUACUUAGUUAUACAUCCCAGGGUGCCUUACGUUAGCGUCAUAGAUGCUCACUUAAACUGUAUGUACUUCUCGGAUUCAAGUUACAGCCUAGGUUUGAACGGGGAAGUGGUGGCACAGCUGGUAGCACCACCCUUUGAAGUAAACGUGGGGUUGAAGAAAGAUUUGAUAAUAUUGGACUUCAAAGGCGGUAGCAGAGUGAGAUGGAGGAUAAGCAAUUUGGGUUCAGUUAGGUUCUUGUGUCGUCUCGAUUGUCAGUUGCAUUUCUAUCCUUUGAAUGGAACUUAUAUUCCUUCACGCUGUACUUCCAAGACCAAAUGA